AUGAGAUCUGACCCGAGCACCAGAAAGUCAAAUGCCCUCUGCGAGUUCCACCAGGAACGGGGUCAUAAAACCGAUGACUGCAUCGCCCUAAGACAGGAGUUCGUGAACAUGCUUCACCAAGGGCACUUGAAAGAGCUGAUGAGCGAUCGUGGGAGGGCCAACUUCGCCCGAAGGCGAGAACGACACCAGCGACCGCCCAAACCACCUUCCGCAGUUCGGACCAUUCAACUGAUCAUCGGAGGAGGCGACAACGCAUCUAUCAACAACGUGAACUUCAUUACCUCCCGCAAACUCAAACAGUCUAUCACCCACGAACGUGAUGUGAAACAAAUUAUGGUCGAUGUUGGAAGCAGCGCGUGCAUCAUCCAUCCUCGAGUUCUCACCCAAAUGAAGCUCGAGGACAAGAUAGUGCCGCGUUGCAUCACGCUAACAGGCUUUAAAAAUGCAAUUGAGCGGACAUCUGGAGAAAUCACACUGCCCAUCCGGGCCGGCGGCAUCACUUUGGUGACCACGUUCCACAUCAUGGACCAGGACACGUCGUACAACCCCAUCAUAGGCCGACCAUGGAUACACGCCAUGAAAGCCGUCCCCUUGCCCCGAAUAGAACAGAGAACGACAAUAAAACAGUAA